AUGACCGCGACCACCGUCAUAGCCUUGUUGGCUCUCUUCCAUGGUAUCUCGGCUUCGCCUCUCAAAGCCUCUCAACGAACUCACGGAUUCUGCAAAGAGUUGAAUAUCCCAGUGUUUGCUACUGCGGACACAGCUGUUUAUGAUCACCCAAAGAUCGAGAGUAACAUCCAAGCCAGAGCCUGGGCAAUAUAUGCGGAUACUUGGAGCACUCCUCAAGGCGCAAAGACACUCGUCCACAACACUACAACCUCUGAUACUUUCAAUAUUCAUGCCCAACUGUGUGUCCCGAAUGUUGCCGGGAUUAAGAAGAGCAUCCUGCAGAUUGCCACUCACGGAGCACAUUACGAUGGAAGAUAUUGGGAUCCUGAACUCGAUCGGGAGAAUCAGUCUUAUGUUGAGGCAUCGCUUAAGGCAGGAUAUUCAAUCCUCACAUAUGAUCGUUUGGGAGCCGGUCAAUCGGAUCACCCUGACGCAUACAACGUGGUCCAAGCGCCUCUCGAGCUAGAGAUACUUCGACAGCUGACCUUGAUGGCGCGCAAUGGCACCCUGUACAACAUCGCAGGAAAGGCACAACCUGCCAACGCAGCAUUCGCGGGACUAGCAGCACCCAAGAAAAUCGUCCAUGUUGGACACAGUUUUGGUUCCUUCCUCACCUCCGCACUAAUUGCCAAGUAUCCCGCUCUGACGGAUGGAGUGAUCAUAACUGGCUACUUUUACGGCAAAUAUCUGGGAGCGCCUGGAAUGGCUUCAUGGGGCGUUGACUUUGCCGCCACGGCUUCUCCUCCAUUCAAUCGACCAGGUGGCUACGUCGUGUGUCAGAAGAGCGGCAUCCAGAAUCUCUUCUUCGGCGGCAAUCCCGACACCGCCUUCACCCCGGAGAUGCUCGAGUACGGCGAUUCUCUCAAGCAACCAGUCCCGAUUGGGGAGCUCGCCUCUGCUUUUCAUAUCAUAGGGCUGCAGGGCCCUGAUCUCAAAGCGCCGGUCCAAUUCUUCCUGGCUGAAUUCGACUUUUAUAUCUGUGACGGCGACUGCAAGGGGGCAUACGACCCGCAGGUUUUGAAGAACACCUACCCUAAAGCAGUUGUGGAGGAUUAUAUCCAGCCGAACACUGGCCAUGCCUUCCCGCUCCACAACAAUGCCACCGCCGGCUACCAGGUCAUGUUCGAUUUCUUGGACAGAAAUGGGGUAUAA